UCGCUCCUACACACAGACAUACAGACCUACCUACAUACCUACCCCGCAUUCCCCCCUUAGCCUAAGACCGCCUCCCUGGCCUUGUCCCUGGGGUGGAAUGUGAUUGGUAUUGGAGCGUGGGCGCCAGUCGCCGAUCCGGAGCCCAGACCUGGAAGCCUGAAGGCCUGCCGUCGGCCCCCAUUGAUCGAUUGAAUGAUGGAUGGAUGGAUUGCUAUGGACGCUCAGCCUUGAGAACCCGAUUCACCCUACCCCCCCGGUGGACGGACGAGUGGGGCGUGUAUGAGGUGGGCCCGAUCUGGCCCCGAGCCAUCUCUAGGCGGGUCGCCAUGGAGGGCGUUUUGCGUCAGUUCGUGGAGAGUCGGAAUCCGGCUCACAGUCCCGUUUUUCGGCGUCAAUUCCUCACCAAGAUGUUUUCCAAUUUGGAUCAAAUCACCUUGAACCCGGUGGAUGUGUCCAGCUUAUUAGGCUUGUUCGUUCAAUGGAUCCUGUUCUCGGAAGACGAGCCCCUGAUUGGCCAAUUGGGCCACCAACAGUUCCUAGCUCUGUCCCGCAAAUAUCCGGCCGCCUUCUACGAGUAUGUCACGCCCAAUUUUAUGAUCGACAUGUUUACCAAUGCCACCCACGGGGCGAAACGGGAGCUGGUCCAGCUCGUGGGCGAAAUCUUGUCCCUCCUCACCGAGUUCGAGCCGGAGCGAAACAUUGAGGCCACUCAGCGCACCAUUGUCAACGUCACCAAGAUCCAUCUCUAUGCGUGUCUGAAAGAGCACGGUGUGCAUUUGCCCGUGACUCGCGAGAUCGCCCGGGUCUAUCAAAACCACCCGUGCGUGUUGCCCAACCCCACGGAAUGGAGUCGAUUUUCCGUGUUGAUAGUCACGCUUUUGGCUGGCUAUCAGAUCCACGCCGUCAAGUCCGAUCAAAUGAACUUCUUUGAGGCCACCGACGAGGUCAGUCAGAUGUUGCCGUUGAUUUGGGGUCGCUCGGCGGCCACGGACGGCAUUCAAGAGUGCCUUAAAGCGUUUUACUCAAUCAUCUCCUCCGAAGGCAAAGACGCUCUGAGCUCGCCCAGCUGCGGUUUGAUGGCCAUCAUUGAUAAGAUCCCCAACGUUUUUCUGGAACGAGCCACUCAAGCCAUUUUAGACGAGAGUUCUCAGGCCACUGGCGAGGCUCGAACCGUCAUAGGUUUGCAGACCAUGAUCAAGUGGCUAACCCUGAGUCGAGCCAGUCCCAGAAUGGUUCGCUGGCUUCUGGAGAUGCUUCGUGGCCUUCAGGCCAAAGACCGGAACUCGAUCCUCAUCGAAAUUGCUCACUCGUGUACGGAACCCUUGUCUUUGGCGUUGGCCCAACCGGAUUUGAUUGCCUCGGUGAACGACAUCUUCUUCUUCCUGUUAUUGGGAUUUCAACACUCGGAAUCCAUUUUCCAUGGCGUCGUGUCCCAUAUCCCACAGACACUCCGAUCCUUGGGCCACAUGAAGAGCGAAGAAACAUUUCAUAGAUUGGCCGAGGCCUCGCGCUUUCUCAUGGCUCGAUUUCCCAACUUUCCGGAUCUAUACGAACCCAUUGUUCAUGUCCUGGAGGAGUUCAAAAUCCCGGAGCCUUCCGAAGCCAGGGCCAGAGAACUGCGUUCCCUAUCAUGGUUGUCUCCGAUACAUUCUACGACCUUCAUACACCAUCAGACAAGAACCAUCUCAUAUUUGGUUGAAGACGCUCUCUCAUUUCGCUCUGAAACUGGAAUGGUGGGAUUAAUCAAUCUUGGGAACACCUGUUACAUGAACUCAGUUUUGCAAGCCCUCUACAUUACCAAAGAUUUCUGUGAUGAUAUCCUCAGUGCUCCAUUAACUUCUUCUCAAUUGGUGCUUUUCCGACUCCAACAAGUGUUCGCCUAUCUGCGAUAUUCUCAGAGGUCCAUUUACUCGCCAGGAGACUUCCUGAAAGUGGCAAGACCCCCCUGGUUUGAAUCUGGACGACAGCAAGAUUGUUCGGAAUUUCUCAGGUACUUGAUUGAUACUCUUCAUGAGCAGGAGAAAUCAAGCAUACCCUGUCGCCAACAGCCAGGCGAUGAGCCCUCGAAAUCGAUCUCGACGACUCGAUCAUCUGAUGAAAAGAAAGAAACCAUUCUGGGCAAGACCAUCGUCAUCUGUCCAUUGGGAUCCACCCCCGAGGAGGAAGAAAUUCCAAAGAUGACCACUCGAAGUUCUAAUAUGGCUUUGGACGUCAUUUCAGAGGUCCCAGAAACCAAUGGAGAUCAAGAUGAAGAAAUGUUAAGUCAAUGCUCGGAUGGCCGAAUGGACGAGGACUUCUUUGGAAGCCGCGGCAGCUUGUCAGCGUUUCAUAACCGCGGUGAUUUGUCAGAGGACGAGGAAGUGGAUUUGCGGGGGAGCCGAACCUCUCUGGGAAGCUUGGGAAUGAAAAGAUGGACAACUGAAGAGAAUCUUUCUUCCAACUCGAACAAUGGCUCGCGAGAAGACCAACUCAAUAUCCUCGAUGAGCCCUUAAACAAUUCCCACUCUGACUCAACAGAUAGUGGAAUCCAAAGUGUAGGCGAUUCCAUUCGUGGAUCGCGAGAUUCUGUGGGAGACGGGAAAGAAGCUUCGAGUUCCCAGUUAAAAGACGUUGCCACUUCCUCAACCAAAAAGAGCCUCCAGGCCAAAAGCGAAUUUAAUUUGGCCUUUCUGAAACCAGAGUCUUUGUCUCCCGUAUCUUCGUCCUCCUCGUCGUCUACCUCUCCAUCGGUUCAAAGACCCUUGCACGAGCCACGCCUCGUGUCCCUAGUUCAAAAGCACUUGGGAGGCAAACUCCGGACUAGGUAUCAGUGCUCAAAGUGCCAAAAUGUGUCUGAGCACCGAGAAAUCUUCACAGAGUUGCAUCUGGCCGUACCCGCAGAUCAAUCCGGCAAAACCAAUCAGCUGAAUGACAAUUUGACCAUGCAGAGCCUGGUGAGCUCCUAUUUGAGUGAGGAGACUCUCGAAGGGGACAACCAGUACCAUUGUGAUACGUGCCAGGGACUUCAGGAUGCCGUCAAAAGCGUUCAUCUCUUGGAAGGGCCUCACCAUUUACUGUGCACAUUGUUACGCUUCAAGUACGAUCGAGCCGUGAAUCGGAAGAGCAAAGUCUUCACCAAUAUCAAUUAUAAACUCACUUUGUCUUUGCCCAUUCAAGAUCCCACCAACGAGUCGGGACAGGUCAGAGAAGAGCACUACGCUCUUUAUGCGAUUGUCAUUCACUCGGGUUACAGUUCAGAUGGGGGCCAUUAUUACACGUAUGCUCGACCCCCGCCCAGAAGUGCCAAGGAGUUGGAUUGCGAUACCUGGUACAUAUUCAACGACAGUAAGGUGUCCUUUGGCGACUUCCAGUCCUUCAAGGACGUGGGCAAGCAAUUCCCACGGGAUGUGGCUUAUCAGUUGCUCUACAAGAAGAUGGAGCCGGUCGAUGAAUCUCGGCCUCAGAGGACCAUGGGUCGAAAACCAUUAAGAGCCGACCUCAAAUCGGCCCUGGACAAGGAUAAUCUGAAGUUCUUGCGCGAGAAAGAGCGCAACUCGAACAACACGGGCUACAAAUCGAGUGCGUGGUCAUCGAGGAGUACGAGGAAGAAAGAUGGACCCGAUGAUGAGGAUGAUAAGGAUGGAUAUAAUGAGGGCGGAGGCAAGGGGUUCCAAGGUCCAAGCCUGGUUUGUUGAGCCUUGAGGUCUUUGUGCAAUGUAGGAGUACUGUUUGUAGCACUGCCAACUGGUUUGUUUUUAUACGUAAAAUUUUCCAAACUUAUUAUUCAUUCCAAUCUCACAUGACAUGUUGAGGUUCUUCUAUAGAAAGUCAAACUCGUGUCCAUUCAUAUCUUCUGUCCAUUUACCUGUGAUACCCAUCCAUUAUCCAUCGCUCUAUUUGUCAUUUGUACUCAGUGACGUGCUUAAAAAUGAAAUAUAUGCAUCAAAUAAAAAAAACCGGUUUAUUUGA